AUGAAGGAAAAUGUAUUUAAUGUUGCUACUUUCAAUGUUAGAGGAUUAGGCGACAAAUUCAAGAGAUAUCAACUAGCAACAGAUAUAACAAAUUAUAAGGUGGACGUAGCCUGCCUUCAAGAAACUAAACUCACGGAGACGAUUGACGAAUACGUACACGAAUGCCGAUUUAUCAACCUAGGCACUAAGGUUAAGUAUUAUGGAUGUGGCUUCAUUAUUCACAAGCGAUGGGCACCAAGUAUUUCUAAAUUUUGGAAAGAUUCGGAACGAAUAUCAGUUCUACAACUUAAAACGAAAGAGAACACGUUUAUUACUUUAAUUAAUGUCUAUGCACCCACCAGUGACCGGGCAGAAAAAUACCCGGCCGAACGUGAACGUAUGUACAAGGAAUUAGAUGAACUCGUAAGUAAAUUUGCAAAUAAGACAUUUCUUCUAAUAUGCGGAGAUUUUAAUUCAAAAAUUGGCAAGAAACAUUUAGAUGAAGAAAAAUGUAUCGGAAAUUAUUCAAAAGGAUUUCGUAAUGAUAAUGGGGACGCCCUAAUUGAUUUUUGUGAAAAUAACAAUCUAUUUAUAACAAAUAGCGCUUUUCAACACCCUGCAAGACACAUCACAACUUGGGCAUGUCAACGGAAAAACAAAGAUGGACAAUUAAUUAAUAUUUACAACCAGAUAGACUUUAUUAUUUGUAAAACUAAGUGCAAAACACUACUUUGUAACUCUAGAUCAUACGGAGGUACACAAGUAAUAAGCGAUCAUAGAAUCGUAAUAACAACACUUACAUUGACUUGGCAUAGCAUUAAACGACAACGAACUCAAACAAUAGUAGGCAAUUUGCAUGUGAAACACUGGCGGAUAAAGACAAACGAAAGAAGUAUGUGGACAAUCUUAUUCAAAACACAACAGAUAACAGAAUACCUGAUCGACCCAACAGAGCGUGGGAACAUAUAA